AUGGGAACUUUGUUAGAGUACCUUACAAGAUCCAGUGAAGGUACUACGCACCUUAAGAAGGUGCAGUUGGAGGCAGUGUCAUCCAGUGUCAUGGCAUCACCUGGAGAUAUUACUGAACUUGAUUCUCAGAUUGAAUUAAUUAAGGUUAGAUUUUCGACCUCUAAUGGUUUGGAAAUCCAUAAAAUGCUGUCAGAAAUGUUAUCUACAACAAAGGAUACUUCAACUUUCCAGGCUUCAGUGGACCACCUUCAAGCAAUGCUGGAUGGACAACGGGAGAAGGUAGAAACUCUUACUUCUGAUUUGGCUUUGAAGACCCGAUUGAAUGAAGAACUUCACAACGAACUAUCAGUAUCCUUAGAGCGUGCCAACAAGCUUGACUAUCAAGUACAGCAGCUAACACAAUCUCUUCAAGAACUAACUACCUCCAAAGAGGAAACAAACCACAGAUUAGAAAAGGAAACUGCACUGGUAAAGAAAUUGCAGGAAGCAAAUGAUUGCAUCUCACAACAAACAUGUGAAUAUACCACCAAGAUUUCAUCACUGAGCAGUGAGCUUCAGGCACAGCAAGAUGUACUGUGCCAACUUCGUGAAAGUGUGGAAACAAAAGAAUCUGAACUGCAGAUUUACAAGGAGUGUUUAAAACAGAUUCAACUAACCUCGAGUGAUGAUCAUGCAGCACCUAAUGAGGAGAAGCUGUCAGCACUCUUUGAUGUCGUAAGAGUCAAAGCUGAGCUCCAGAGGGUAAAAAGUGAGCACAAUAAUCUGAAAGAACAGCUUCAGGAUAGUGAAAUGGCACAGAAAAACUUAGAGGAUGCACUGUCCUCCACACGUUUAGAAGUGUCAGAACUGCGGACUCAUCAUGAUUUAGCUGUCCAAGAGAAACAAGAGGCAAUGAGUAAAUUAGCAGUUUUGUCACAGUACUUUGAAGAAAAAGAAGCACAACUUACCAAGGAACUGGAGUCACAAGAAGGCUUAAGAUUAAAUGCUGAAGGCUCAGUUGCAACAGUAUCUAAGAAGAUACAAAAUUGUGGGCUGGAGUUGGCAACUUAUAAAGCUCAAGUGGAAAGCCCACGUAAAGAAAAGAAGACAGGGAGAAUUCAACAAGGGACGAUACCAGCCAUGAAAAAAGGCUCAGAAAAUUGGGGGGAAGGAAAAAACAUUAAACAUGAUCAUGCAAGCAAGCAAGAAGUUUACCACCUUCAUAUCAACACAGAUAGCAAAGCUUAUUUGCAAGCACGAGCUGCUGAACGCAAACUUGAAGAGCAGAGACAAGAGAAUAGUCAGCUUCGUAAUCGCCUCACUCUGCUGCAGAAGGAGAAAGAGGAGGCACAGCAAUUACAAGUCAAUAUAAUCAAACCAACACUUCACAUGCCUCACAUGUUACCUUUACCAUGCUUCACAUGUCUUCAACAUGCUUCACAAUGCUUCAAUGCCUUCAAUGCCUCACAUGUUCACAUGCUCACAUGCCUCACAUGUCUUCACAUGCUUCACAUGUUCACUGCUUCACAUGCUUCCACACUGCCUCACAAACUGUCACACUUCAUGUGUUCACAUGCUCACAUGUUCACAUGCUUCACAUGCCAUACCGCUGACUGCUCACAUGCUCACAUGCCUCACAUGUUCAAUGCUCACAUGCUCACAUGCUUCACAUGCUUCACAGCUCACUGA